AUGAGAGAGGCUGUAUUCGUGGUCCAUGGUAUGACAUGUAGCGCGUGCACCGACACUGUGACGUCGAAAAUACGGUGUGUCACCGGAGUUGACGCAUGUGCGCUUUCGUUAGUGACCGGGGAGUGUCAGGUUUCAUAUGAUGAUACAGAGGGUCUUUCUGUGGACCAAAUAAUUGAGUCGGUCGAAGACUGUGGAUUUGAUUGCGAGAUGGUGAGGGAUUUUGAGAUUAUCAAUUCCCCAACUUUCAGCGGUAAAUUGCAUGUCACAGGAAUGACAUGUGGUGCCUGUGUGUCUACAGUGACUAAAGGUGUGCAUGGUCUAGAUGGUGUCUUUGACGUCAGAGUUUCGCUAGUAACAGAAGAGUGCCUUGUAGAAUUUGACGGCUCUAAAGUGAAUAUAGAGACUAUAAAGGAAGCUGUCGAGGAUUGUGGUUUUGAUGCGGAGGUUCUGUCAGUCGAAAAAGCUUCUCAAAACAAGGAAACCUUCUUGAAGACAACGAAAAUACAUUUACUGGCAAUAAAUUACGAACUAGAUGAAGAUCCUGCCGGAGUUAUCGAAUCAUUGAAAAAUGGUGACUGCAUACCGUCAGUGGAAUUUGUUGAGACAAAUGUCAUUUCAGUUCAGUACAACAAGCAUAAAGUUGGAAUACGCGAAAUUCUUAGACGUCUGGAGACAAUGGGAUACGAAGCCAAUAUAAUACCUAUGUCAGACAGUGAGAAUCAGCUGAAUAUAUUAUCAAAAGUAAAAGAAAUCCAAUUCUGGAAAUCUACGUGCUUUAAAUCAUGUUUUCUGGCAGUAUUCACGAUGAUACUUUAUAUGGGAAUACCAAUGAUAUCACCACGUUCUAUGAAAGAGAAUUAUUUUCCUUAUAAGGAAACCUUUUUUCUCAAAGGUUUAUACUACAGAGAUAUUUUUGGGCUCCUUAUUGGAACGUAUAUUCAAUUUGUUGUAGGAUCAUAUUUCUACAAAGCUUUUUGGAAUUCUUUGAAACAUAGAGCUGGCACUAUGGAUACAUUAGUCUGUAUAUCAACCUCAUGUGCUUACUUCUUUUCCAUAUAUUCAAUCAUUUGCAAUAUUGUGAUUAAAAAUUCAAACGGAAUGUUACCGAAUGUUAUAUUUGACACAUCUGUGAUGUUAAUCGCCUUUAUAUCACUGGGGAAAUUGAUGGAAAAUAAAGCCAAAUCUGCAACGUCUACAGCACUAUCGAAGCUAAUAUCUUUAACACCAGCUUCAUGUACUAUUGUGGAAGAUGGCAAUUACGAAAAUCCAACCACCAUUCCAAUUGACUUGCUUCAACCUGGAGAUAUUGUUGAAGUUAAACCAGGUAUGAAAAUUCCCUCUGACGGCAAAAUAAUACGGGGAGAAACAGAAGUUGAUGAAUCUUUAAUGACGGGGGAGUCAUUACUUGUGUCUAAGGAGAUAGCAUCUUUGGUGAUUGGUGGAUCGAUAAACGGGCCUGGUCAUUUUUAUUUCACAGCUACCAAUGUAGGAGAAGACUCAAAAUUGGCUAAUAUAAUUAGAACGAUGAAACAGGCCCAGCUUACGAAAGCACCAAUCCAACGCUAUGCAGAUUUCUUAGCUUCAGUAUUUGUUCCAUCGAUUUUGUCACUAGCUCUUCUAACGUUCAUUUUUUGGUUCAUUUUAUCAGAAUUCCAUAAAGCUCCGCUGGCCUUUAUACGAUCUACUAAUGGUAUUUUCUAUUCAUCCUUUCAAAUCGCAAUUUCUGUCGUGAUUGUUGCAUGCCCCUGUGCGUUAGGAUUGGCAGCACCAACAGCAAUUAUGGUUGGUACUGGUAUUGGUGCUGAAAAUCAAGUGUUAAUUAAGGGCGGCGAAGUCCUGGAGAAGUUUAAUAAUGUUAAAGUGUUCGUGUUUGACAAAACUGGAACACUCACCACCGGUAAUAUGGAAGUAAAGAACUUCAAAGGAGAAAAUGACCUAGAUUUAAGUGAUGAAGCAAUUGCCGUAAUAAAGGCAUCCGAAGCUGUUAGCGAGCAUCCAGUCGCACGGGCCAUUGUUACAUAUUGCAAUGCUCAACAAGCUUCAAGGUCAAAUUCUAAGCCACAUGUGUCAGAUGUUUUAUCCAGUAAAGUUUUCAUGGGUAAAGGUGUGAGAACAACAUGCGAACUGAAUGGAUCAACGUAUACAGUGGCCGUCGGGGCCAAAUCGCUGAUGCGUUCACACUGGGAGCAGUCCUCUUCUCUUCUCGCAGAUGAGGAUAAUGACUACACCGUAUCCUAUGUUUCCAUUAAUGAAAAGGUAAUUGGCAGAUUUGAUAUCAUAGAUGAUAUCAAGAAAGAUUCAUACCAAACCAUUCAUUAUUUGAAUAACCACGGAUUCAAAACAUACAUGGUAACUGGUGAUAUCCAUAGCUCUGCUAUAAAAGUUGCACAAUUGGUAGGUAUGGAUCUAAAUAAUGUCUACAGUGAAGUUGAACCAGCUGGAAAAUCAGAAAUAGUUCAACAGCUAAUGAAUAAAACUGAGGGGAAAGUUAUUUUUGUAGGCGACGGUAUCAACGAUUCCCCUGCAUUAGUGACAAGUGAUGUAGGUGUUGCCAUUUCCACUGGCACGGACAUAGCAGUCGAGGCAGCAGACAUUGUUAUUCUGUCCGACAAAGAAUCUGAAAGGGCUAGUUUGAAAGGUUUGAUAAAUGCCUUAGACAUUGCUCAGAAGACUUUCAGAAGAAUCAAACUAAAUAUUUUCUGGGCAGUUUGCUACAACACGUUCAUGAUCCCGAUCGCUAUGGGUGUAUUAGUCCCAUGGGGAAUCUGGCUGCAUCCAAUGGCUGCCGGUUUGGCGAUGGCAUUGAGUUCGGUGAGUGUCGUUUUAAGCUCUCUUAUGCUGAAGACAUGGAAGCCCGUGAGUAUUGACGAAGAUCUCGAACUGAAUACUACGUCUUCGCCCGGAACCUUUUGGUUUCGACUUUUCCACUCGAGACCAGAUCAUGCUAGAAGUGACAUAGAAAUGCAAGAGGGGCUAUUAGCUCAAUGA